AAUCUUGCCAGCGUUGUCAGGAGUGAUCAGCGAGUUUUAUUAAAAAGCCCAGAUCGCCUGAAAGGCCUCCUUGUCUGAGUCUGAAUGGAAGGGGCAUGGUAAGAUCUUGGGGCAUGCUAUCAGGACCCCUGGUCUCACCCUGUGAACUGCGAGCUGACACUCUGGGAGGAAGUACAGGAGUCCUGCUUUGUUGAGCAGAUUGUGCCUGCGGACAGACCUGGCCAGGGCAUCAUGAACUGUCCAGGUUGUAUUGGGACCAAGGCCCUGCUGUUCUUGCUGCUCCCGCUGCUUCUGCCACAUUUGGACCUGGCCAAUUCCACCUUCAUCAGCAUCAACCGGGGCCUGAGGGUGAUGAAGGGCAGUUCUGCCUUCCUGUCUGAAGAUCAUCUGAAGUUUGCCAUCCCCAAAGAGAAGGAUGCCUGUCGAGUGGAGGUGGUGAUGAAUGAGCCGAUAACCCAGAGGGUUGGGAAACUCACUCCACAGGUCUUCGAUUGCCAUUUCCUUCCCAACGAAGUACAGUAUGUUCACAACGGAUGCCCAAUUCUCGAUGAAGACUCCGUGAGGCUUAGACUUUACAGAUUUACUGAAACUGACACCUUCAUGGAAACCUUUCUCUUUCGAGUCCAUCUUGUGGAGCCAGACUGUAACAUCAUCCGUCUAAGUAGCAAUAUGCUGGAAGUGACUGAAUUCUACGGCUUAUCCCAAGCCAUUGAUAAGAACCUGCUCCAAUUUGAUUAUGAUAGGACAGCCAACCUGGACUGCACCAUCAGACUGGACCCAGUGGGCACUCAGCUGCCAGCCCACGGCAAGCUGGUUGUGCUGAAUCGUAAGCCAGAGGGACCUCGUGGAGAUCAGCCCCACAGCUUUUUUCCUGAGACCCAGCUGGGGGCAGGACUGAAGUGUCCAGGUGGAAGCUGUGCCCUGGGACUGCAGAAAGUGGGAAGUCUGAAAGUGAGCUGUGAGGAGUUCCUGCUGAUGGGGCUUCACUACCAACACACACAACCCCCUUCGCCCAACGUUGAUUACAUUGCCAUCCAGCUGGAUCUCACGGACCGAAGGAGUAAAGCCACGUACAAGUCAGAGAGCGCGUGGUUGCCCGUCUCUAUCAGAGUGGGCAUUCCUAACCAGGCCCCGAGGGCUGCAUUCAUGGCCAUGUUGGUCCUGGAGGUGGACCAAUUCAUCCUGACACCCCUGACAACCUCAGUCCUGGACUGUGAGGAAGAUGAGACCCCCAAACCCUUGUUGGUGUUCAACAUCACCAAAGCCCCGCUCCAGGGCUAUGUGACCCACCUGCUGGAUCACACCAGACCCAUCUCUUCGUUCACCUGGAAGGAUCUAAGUCACAUGCAAGUUGCCUACCAGCCACCAAACAGCAGCUAUCCGGAGAGGAGACAUUACAAGGUGGAGCUGGAGGUGUAUGACUUCUUCUUUGAGAGGAGUGCUCCCAUCACUGUCCACAUCUCCAUCAGAACAGCAGACACAAACGCGCCCCGGGUGUCCUGGAAUACAGGUCUGAAUCUCCUGGAAGGGCAGUCUCGGGCCAUCACCUGGGAACAGCUUCAGAUCGUUGACAAUGACGACAUUGGUGGUGUGCAGCUGGUCACCAUUGGUGGCCUGCAGCACGGACGGCUUACAGUAAGAGAGGGGAAAGGAUUUCUCUUCACCGUGGCUGACCUGCAGGCUGGGGUUAUUCGCUAUCAUCAUGACGACAGUGACUCCACUAAAGACUUUGUGGCUCUCAGGAUAUUCGAUGGCCAGCACAGCAGCCAGCACAAGUUCCCCAUCAACAUCUUGCCUAAAGAUGAUAGCCCCCCCUUCCUCAUAACCAAUGUUGUUAUUGAGCUAGAAGAGGGCCAGACCGUCUUGAUCCAAGGGUCCAUGCUGAGAGCUUCAGACAUGGACUCCAGUGAUGACUACAUCUUCUUUAAUGUCACAAAGUCCCCACAGGCUGGGGAGAUCAUGAAGAAGCCAGGGCCAGGACUGAUAGGGUAUGCGGUCCCUGGCUUCCUUCAGAGAGACCUGUUCAAUGGAAUCAUUUACUAUCGUCACUUCGGGGGAGAAAUCUUUGAAGACUCUUUUGAAUUUGUCCUAUUGGACAGCUGUGACCCUCCAAAUCUUUCAGUGCCACAGAUGGUGACAAUCCAUAUCUCUCCAGUAGAUGACCAGCUUCCAAAAGAAGCUCCUGGCAUUUCCCGGCAUUUGGUUGUCAAGGAAACGGAGGUGGCCUACAUCACUAAAAAGCACCUACAUUUCCUAGAUACAGAAUCACAUGAUGGGGAGCUCGUCUACACAAUAACACGUCCUCCGUGUUUCUCCUUCAGCCACAGACACUUGGAUGCCGGGAAGUUAUUUAUGGUGGACAGCAUACCAAAGCUAAUCAAAAAUCCUACAGCCCUGGGGCUGAGAUCAUUUACCCAGCAUGCUGUGAACCAUAUGAAAGUGGCCUACAUGCCACCCAUGCAAGAUAUAGGUCCCAGUCCUCGACAUGUGCAGUUCACGGUGUCUGUCAGUAACCAGCAUGGAGGCACCUUGCAUGGAAUCUGCUUCAACAUAACCAUUCUCCCAGUGGACAAUCAGGUUCCUGAGGUAUUCACCAACACCCUGAGAGUGGUCGAGGGUGGUCAGUGCACCAUCAGCCCAGAGUCCAUUUUGGUUUCUGAUGUGGACACCCCAGUGGACAGCAUCAGCCUCUCUCUUCAGGAGAUGCCCCUCCAUGGCAGGGUAGAGCUGGAUGGAUUUCCUCUAAACCCAAGAGGCACAUUUUCAUGGAGAGACCUCCAUACCUUAAAAGUUAGGUAUCACCAUGACGGAUCUGAGGUUUUUCAAGAUGAGAUAUUCUUGGAGGUCACAGAUGGCACAAAUUCAGCAGAAUUUGUUCUACACAUUGAGGUAUUCCCUGUGAAUGAUGAGCCACCUGUUCUGAAGGCUGACCUGAUCCCCAUGAUGCAUUGCUCAGAGGGUGGAGAGGUGACCAUCACCCCUGAAUACGUUUUUGCUACUGAUGCAGACAGUGAUGACUUGAAACUGCUGUUUCUGAUUACCCGAGAGCCGCAGCAUGGGGUGGUGAGAAAGGCUGGAAACCAUGUGAACAGGUUCUCUCAGGGAGAUAUCAUCUCAGGAGCUGUGACAUACAAACACACAGGUGGUGAGGUUGGCCCAGCGCCUUGUUUUGACACCGUUAUAUUGGUGGUUUCGGAUGAUGAAGCCGGCCCUUCAGUGAAUGGCUGUUGCUACAAUGGACCCGAUCCAUCUGUUCCUCUUCAUGAGUCCUUUCCCAUGUAUGAGCUCAACAUCACAGUGCAUCCAGUCGACAACCAGCCACCUUCAAUUAUAAUAGGUAGGACGUUCGUGGUGGAUGAAGGCUUCUCGGCAGCCCUUACCACUCAUCAUUUGACUGCCACUGACCCAGACACCGCCCCGGAUGACUUAGAAUUUGUUUUGGUUUCUCCUCCCCAGUUCGGCUAUCUUGAAAACACACUCCCUUCUGCAGGUUUUGAGAAAAGUAACAUGGGCAUAAGCAUAGCUUCGUUCCAGUGGAGAGACAUGAAGACUUUGCACAUUAACUACGUGCAGUCCAGGCACCUGAGGGUGGAACCAACUGCCGACCAGUUCAUGGUGUAUGCCACAGAUGGGAAGCGACGCUCCUUAGAGACGACAUUUCAUGUUAUCAUCAACCCCACAAAUGAUGAAGCUCCUGACUUUGUGGUACAGAAUAUCACUGUGUGUGAGGGUCAGAUGAUAGAGCUGGAUUCUUCCGUCAUCACUGCUGCCGACAGGGAUGUUCCCAAGGACCCCCUGCUCUUCAGCAUCACUCACAAGCCCCAGCAUGGCCUCCUCAUCAACGUGGCGAUCAGCAAAGAGUCUCCUCAGAUCAAGCAGCUGAAACAUGAAAUUUACAACUUCUCCAUGGACCUUCUCAAGACUGGAAUGAAGCUGGCCUACAUCCAUGAUGACUCGGAGAGCCUUGCUGAUAACUUUGUGAUCCAGUUGUCCGAUGGGAAACAUAAAAUACUUAAAACCGUUUCAGUAAAUAUCACCCCAGUGAAUGAUGAGAAACCAACGCUGAGCAAGAAGGCUGAAAUCUCAAUGACCAUAGGUGAAACUCGUGUUCUGUCUAGUGCUGUUCUUUCAGCCAUAGAUAAAGACUCACCCAGGGAGACGAUCCACUAUUUAUUUGAAAGACUUCCCCAAAAUGGGCAACUUCAGCUUAAGAUAGGAAGGGACUGGGUCCCUCUCUCGGCUGGCAUGCAGUGCACCCAGGAGGAUGUGGACCUGAACUUGCUGAGAUACACACACACUGCCAAGAUGGAGUCCCAGGAUGGAGACAGCUUUACCUUCUACCUCUGGGACGGGGACAACAGAUCACCUGUGUUUGACUGUCACAUCAUCAUUGAAGACACUGGGAAAGGUGAUAUUGUCAUUUAUGCAAAACCGCUCGUGGUAGCCAAAGGUGACAGAGGUUUCCUGACGACUGCCACUCUCCUGGCUGUGGAUGGAGCAGACAAGCCUGAGGAACUACUCUACCUCAUCACUUCCCCACCACAGUAUGGCCAGGUGGAGUACGUCCACUAUCCCGGAGUCCCCAUUACCAGCUUUAGCCAAAUGGACAUAGCAGGACAGACAGUCUGCUAUGUACACAAGAGCAGGGCAGCCGUCCCCAGUGACAGCUUCAGAUUUACCGUUAGCAAUGGACUGCAGACCCAGCAUGGGGUGUUUGAGAUCACACUGGAGACUGUGGACAGAGCCUUGCCUGUGGUGACCAGGAACAAAGGGCUGAAGCUGGCCAAAGGGGCUGAGGGCCUCCUGUCCGCUGAUCACCUUCAGCUGACCGACCCUGACACACCUCCAGAGAACCUAACCUUCCUUCUGGCCCAGCUCCCACGCCAUGGGUACCUCUAUCUGAGGGGGAAGGCGCUUCACCAUAAUUUUACCCAGCAAGAUGUGGACAGCAGGGGUGUGGCCUAUCAGCACUCCGGAGGCGGCUCCCAGGCAGACUGCUUUACUUUCCUGGCCACAGACAGGAAGAACCAAGGCUUUGUUGUGGAUGGGAAAGUUCAGAAAGAGCCUGUUCUCUUCACUAUCCAGGUGGACCAGUUGGACAAAGCGGCACCCCGGAUCACACGCUUGCACUCCCCUUCUCAAGUGGGGCUCUUGAAAAAUGGCUGUUACGGGAUUUACAUCACUUCCCAUGUGCUGAAGGCAUCGGACCCCGACACAGAGGAUGACCAGAUCCUCUUUAAGAUUUUACGAGGCCCACUGCAUGGACAUCUGGAGAAUACAACCACAGGUGAAUUUAUCCAUGAGCAAUUUAGCCAGAAGGACUUAAGCAGGAAGACCAUUCUUUACAUCAUAAACCCAUCUUUGCAAGUGAAUUCAGAUAUCCUGGAAUUUCAGAUCAUGGACCCCGCAGGGAACACUGCCGCUCCUCAAAGCUUGGAGCUGAAGUGGUCUUAUAUUGAAUGGUUCCAGACUGAAUAUGAGGUCUGUGAGAAUGUGGGCUUAUUGCCCUUGGAAGUUUCCAGAAGGGGAUAUUCCAUGGACUCAGCCUUUGUGGGCAUAGAGGUCAACCAAGUGUCAGCUGUAGUUGGGAAAGAUUUUACAGUCACGCCAUCCAAACUGAUCCAGUUUGACCCAGGAAUGUCAACUAAGAUGUGGAAUAUAGCAAUUACCUAUGACGGAUUAGAGGAAGAUGAUGAGGUCUUUGAAGUAAUUCUGAAGUCCCCUGUGAAUGCGGUUCUUGGCACAAAGACAAAAGCUGCAGUGAAAAUUUUGGACUCAAAAGGAGGACGGUGCCAUCCUUCAAAUUCCUUCAACCGAAGCAAGCACAGCACAUGGGGGAAGGGCAUUUGGCGUCCGCUGCCCCCAGGGUCAUCCUCACUCACCACUGCCGGUUCUCCUCAUCUGGAAAGAGGGCCUCCUCCAUCUUCCACCAAAGGAGAUGCCCUUGGGGGCUUUGAUCACACAGAACUCUCUCAAAGGAAGAUGAGGACCCGUGGGAAUGGCCAAUCAGUUCAUCCAUCUUCCAUUUGUAGAAAUGGAACAGACACCAUCUACAAUUAUCAUGGCAUAGUCUCCCUGAAACUAGACAGUGACAGUUCCUCAGCUCACCAACAGAAGGCCAAAAUCUCCGUCAUUAGUCGGCCACAAAAGACAACCAAGGAGGCAGAACUUCCUCCAGCUGAUAAGGUGGAAUCCACAACUGACUCACAUCUCCCCAGACAGGGUCAGCUGCCCUUGUUUCCAAAGAACUGUUCCGUGGAAUUGAAGGGACUGUUUCAUUUUGAAGAAAGCACCCACAGAUUGUAUCUAUGUGAUGGGAAUGCCUGGAAAGCCUGGAGCCCCCAAACCAAGGGGCUGGAGGACAAAUCCUGCCCAGCUGGAUGGCAUCUGCACUCAGGCUACUGUCACACCCUGGUCACACAGCGGAAGGGCACCUGGACCACAGCGACCCAGGCUUGCAGAGAACAGCACCAGGGCAACCUUGUGACCGUACUCUCCAGGAGGCAUAUGCAGUGGUUAUGGGAAAUCAGUGGAAGAAAGCCCUUCUGGAUAGGCUUGAAGAACCAAGCACGCACUGACCACUGGGAGUGGAUUGGAGGUGAACCUGUUGCUUUCACCAACUGGAGGAGAGGGCCCCCUCAACACCCAAAGCAUGGGAAGAACUGUGUUUUGGUUCACAAAAGAGGACAAUGGCAGUCAAAGAACUGUAGUAAAGGCAAGGCUCACAAUUUUGUGUGCUCAAGGAAACUCCAAAUAUAACCUGAGACUUCUCACCUAUCUAUUUCCAAGACCUACGUAUAUUGCUCAGUAGAAAUGCAUUGUUGUAGCUGGCUGGGCAUGUCUUUGUGAGUCUAUCAAGUAAACAUGGAAGCUAGAUCAACAGUCUCAGGAAAGUGGAUGUAUGAACAUGUCUUUCAAGAUGAGAUACAAUUUCUGUAUCUCAAUAUUUUUCUAAAUAAACACCUGCAGUAUUAUAGGCUGUAAUAGUUGUUUCUUCUAGAAGAUUCAUACUCUUUCCUAUGCCAACUCUGAUGCAGUAUAUGUUUCCAUGGACCUUAGAUAUUUUUGUUUCUACACCUCAAAUGAGUCCGUCUAGAAAGAACUGUAUUGCAGGUGCUCCUACCACGGAGUCUGAGUGAAGCUACCCCUUAAGAUCCAUUAAACCAAGGUUGAAUGCCAAGAGUUGGCUUGUAUCCUUAGCCUCUUUAAUGUGAAACUUAAAAUUAGAGGCUGUGGGUAGACAAGGGGGCUCUCUUUUGAAUAGAAGAGUCUUUCAGGAGGAUGCUCAACUGCACAGGUCUAAUGAGGUAGAGGCAGGGGCCUGCCUCUACUCGACAGAUCAAACCAUACAACUCAUGAACCAUGUUCUGUCCCAAUGCACUCAUGGCAUUAUGCCAUUCCUUGGCUAAAUAUUGGGUUUCCCUGCCUUCCAAGGUCGUGUGAAUUUUGAAGUAGCAAUAUCUCCAUCUCCAUUUACUAUGCUGACUAAUAUUUUUAAAGGACCUUUAGAAUAAGGAGCAAAUAUGCAUACUGGUUGACACACAGAAGAAAAAUACCACUGUCUCAGAAGCAUCCCCAUGAACUGUACUGAUGAACAUUGGAAAACAAUACUGGAAACAGAACCUUUGAAAGCCCACAGUCUUGGAAAGGGUUUUGAUGUGACUUCCAGCCUUUAAAUCUGUAAUAUUUGCAGAGAUACUCUGCUAACUAGAUUCUCUAAUAGAAGGUACCUUAUUAAUUUAUAAACUCAGUUGAGUGAAAUGUUUUUGUAGCAAUGAAGCAUGCUGUGCCUCUCUCAACAAUCCCUUCUGGAACCCAGGGUUAAUUAUAGGAAGUCAGAAUGUCCUUUUUGAAAUGUUUAUUAAAAUUUUUCUUUUCACGAUCCCUGAAAAAUACGGCUGUGCCAAAUAUAACUUGUCAUAUGAGCACCAGUGUAACUUUAGAAUUAAAUGAGGUAUUCAUGUAGACUAGAGCUUUAGGGCAGACUUUUUAAGUAGAAUAAUAAUAUCUCGAGUGUUAUAGACACUAAAAAUGGCUUAAGAAAGUCUUUCCAGUUUCUGGAUAUAAAACAUGACAGGCCUGCUUCAUUUCUGCUCAUUUAUCAAAGUUUCAGUUCAUAGAAAAUUUUACCUAAAGAGGUUAGGACAAGACUCAGACACUCUGUCUCUUACUGAAAUCCAGAUGUAAUUGCAGAGUUGGGCGCUCUUACCUCGGAGGGCUGGAGUCCUCUGUAGACAGAAAAAUGCAAAGAUAUGUGGAACAUAAGGAUCCUUCAGCGUUUAACCAAAACAGGCAAACCCUCCCUCCACUCUGGCUCCAGCCAAGUUCCUUGUGAUCCACUGGCUUUUGUAUUAUGCAAAGGUGGGAUCCAGGAUGAAGGGAAGAGGAUGGAUCCCACAGCUCAGAGGGUGAGAAAUUCAUUCUAAACUGUGUAUGGUCUGUUUUCUUUUCUUUUCUUUCUUUUUUUUUAAUCAAUUAGGAGUAGACCAUUUUGAAAUUUUCCUGAUCAUGAAAGCUUUAUCAAAUUGAGAAACCAGGUAAAUGAUUGAAAGACCAUACAAGUCAGACAAUCUUAGGUUCUGGGUAUGACAUGACCAUCAGGGUUGAGUUGGAAUGGCUGGAGAUGAGAGCAGCCAGGAAGGACAUAGGGAGGUGCAAUCUGACUGUCCCCAGCCCUUUUCCUCUAACUUGAAUGCUCACUCAGGAACUUCCCACAUGCAAGGACAUACAUGCAGCUCAAUGGUAUAUAAAUUUUCAAAAAUUUUCUAAAGUUUGGUCUUUAAAGAACACAUACUGUAUAUUUACUAAAGAGAAAGAUUAAAAGCUACAGUUAAUCAUUUCUUCUCCUUCCCUGCAGUGGUAAAAACAAACUAGGUAACAUUUACUUGUAUUUCUAUUUUUAAAACAACCAAAUAUGUAUGCAUUUUAAAAAACACUAUGGUUCUGUGUAAUUUAAACCAUCAACUGGU